AUGGAGGAAUUAAGCGAAAUACAAUCAUUUUAUAAAGGAAAGACGAUUCUUAUUACUGGCGGCAGUGGACUUAUGGGAAAAGUACUGAUAGAAAAAUUGCUUUAUAGCUGUAGUGAUCUUAAUAAGAUAUACAUGUUAUUGCGGCCUAAAAGAGGGCGAAGUCCAGAAAUUCGUGUGGACGAGAUGUUGAAAUUGCCGAUGUUUGAUAGAAUUCGAAAGUUGAAACCAAGCGUUAUCAAGAAAUUAGUACCAAUACAAGGGGAUGUGGCUCUGGAACAUCUUGGAUUGAGUGACGACCAACGAAAAUGUUUGCUGGAAGAAGUUAACAUUGUAUUUCACUGUGCGGCCACUCUCAGAUUGGAAGCGAGGCUAAAGGAUGCGAUUGAAAUGAAUACGGUGGGCACAAAGAGGCUCCUGGAUUUAAGCAAACGGAUGAAGAACCUCAAGGCUUUUAUUCACUUGAGCACGGCCUUCUGUCACGUUGACCAAGAGGAACUCGGUGAACGGGUCUAUGAUACCCCAGACGAUCCACAAGACGUUAUGCGACUCAUGCAGUGGCUGGAUGAAAGUGCUAUCGAUCUAAUUACACCCAAGUUAUUGGAACCACAUCCCAAUACGUACACGUAUUCAAAACGCCUUGCAGAGAAAUUGGUUGCCGACGAACAUUCAAACUUACCAUGUGUUAUUGUAAGACCUUCCAUUGUAACUCCGGCUUGGCAGGAACCUUUGCCAGGAUGGGUUGAUAAUUUAAAUGGACCUGUUGGAUUAAUAGUAGGUGGAGGUAAGGGAGUAAUUCGAUCGAUGCACUGUAAUGCCAAUUAUCAUGCAGAAAUAAUUCCUGUUGACUUGGCUAUUAACGCACUAAUUGCAAUUGCCUUAAAAAUCGGGACUACUGUGGAAAAAGCGAAAAACAUACCAGUCUACAAUAUAACCCAAAGUGGCAUUUUGCCAAUAACAUGGGGUGAGGUACUCGAGAAAGGUAAAAAGGUUGCCUACAAUUAUCCGUUUGAGGGUGUAGUCUGGUAUCCAGAUGGUGAACUUCGCAGCAGUAAAUUUAUCCACAAUCUCUUUGUAUUCUUCUUUCAUAUCAUCCCAGCAUAUCUGAUUGAUUUUCUGAUGCUGAUAUUUAGACAGAAAACCUUUAUGGUGAGAAUACAGAAGCGUAUUUCGGAUGGACUUGAGGUCUUACAAUAUUUUACUACAAGGGAAUGGGUAUUUCAUAAUACGAAUCUGCUAACACUUUGGGGCGAUAUGAGUUCAAAGGACAAGCAGUUAUUUCCUAUUGACUUUUUAAGUAUAGACCAGAUGGAGUAUGUCAAAAACGUUAUUCUUGGUGCACGUCAGUACUGUAUGAAGGAGAAUUUGUCUACUUUACCAAGAGCACGAAUUCACCAAAGAGUGCUCUAUGUAAUCCAUUUGAUUGCUGUCUAUUCCUUCUAUUUUGGCAUCUUGUAUUUCGUCUACAAACAUUCUGAAGUCGCAAGAUUUUGCUUGGACUUUGUAACUGAGAAAAUGAAGAGCUUGCCCAUCCUUGGUCACCUUGUGGAAAAGGCACAUUUGUAAAAAAUAAUAAUUUUAUAUAUAUAUGCACGUCUUUUACUUGAGCUUUUACGCGUAAACCAUACAUGAUAUGAGGAAAAUUCAAGAAAACAAGUAUUACGCCUUUUUAAAAUGAUUAUUAAAUUGAACAAACCUAAUAUUCCAUCAUACAAACAUUGUUUAUUUGUGCGGGCGACCACAUUAAAAGGGCCCUUCUGAGCGGUUCCAGUUUAUGAGAUAUUUGCAUUUUUCUGAGUCAGGGUAAAAAUUAUUAUUUUAUGGUUUGAGUGAGGGAUGAUACUGAGAGCUACACUGAAUCUACUGACAUUAUGCUCUUGCCCCGCAAGCAACCGGAAGUGUUUUGACUUUAAAACCAUUUUUCCCAAAAAGCCAUUUUUCGAAGUUCUAACUUAAAAAAUGCCCCAGAGAUUUUCGUUUCAACCAGUUUAAACCUAAAGGGUUCGUCUUGAGCUUAAAAUGCCGGGACUUUUUCCAGCUUUAUCACUCUAUACGUAACUCCAUACCGGACAUAAGGGCCCUUUUUAUGCGGAUGCCCGCAUAUAUUUAUGAGGAUUAGAGAACAGGCUCAUAUUAUAAAUUAAAUUAAUAUGACAUAUAUAUGCAUUCCUGGUUAUUAUAAAAUUCAAGAAAAAAUGACUAAGUAUAAGAAUUUUGUAAUCAAGCAACUAAUUUUGCUUAAAAUAUAAUUGUACAUUUUCUUGAAUUGUGCAAAAAAAUUAAGCUGAAGAAAAAAAUCAACAUUAAAUGUGUGUACGUUCAUAUUAAAAGGAAUUAUUUUUUUGAUAUGAUGUUGCGCAUAAGGGGUACACGGAAAGAGGCUGUCUUGCAUAACUUAUUUUUCAAAUUAUGAAACCGAUUCGAUGUGAAGGCAUCAUGGAACCAACAAAAUCUCAUUGACAACGUAUUUGAAAAGUUUAUCUUCUGCAGGUACGAAAUUGAUGUAAUUUAAUGUAAAUUGAUGAAAUUUGAACUGCUGCAUUAAUAAGAUAGCUUUAGAGGUUUAUUUAGCAUGAUUGUUUAAAGUUUCACGUAACUGUGUUCAAAAUUGGUGAAUCCAAAUUUUGAUAGAUUAAAGAAAACGAAAUAUUCAUGUUGUAAUUCUGCCUCGAAUAAAAAUAUAAUUAUUUCUUUCAUUUAUGAUUAAUCAAUGAGUGAAGUAAUCUACUGCGUAUCGAUAGACAGCUUAUUUUGUUUUCCCUACAUAUAAAACAUAUAUUUUUUUGUAUUAUACUUUACCAUUUUACUGAUAUGUAACAUAUAUCUGUUUACAACCACAGAUAUGAUUUCGCGAUAAUUAUAAAGAAAACUCAACACGUUAUGCG